UCCCCGCCCCGUGCUACAACUAAGCUAAGCUGUAACCAACUGUAGUUGCCGAGACACGACCUAGAAACUGUGCUGUUCUGAGAUAACUCGGUGGACUUGCUGUUAGCUAAACACGGCUAAAGAAAACCUGCUACCACUUCAGGAUCAUCCAUCAGCUGGGACUGAUUCAUCGUGUGUUCUUCACCACCUGGACCUGGACAGCAUGGACACAGAUUUUCAACAGAUGGUUCUGGUUAAAGAAGAAGCUUCAGAAGAACAGAGUGCUCGUGUCAACCACCAGCACCUAGAUUUUCUCCACAUAAAGGAGGAACAGGAGAAACUCUGGUCUAGUAUGGAGGGAGAGCAUCUCCAUUUGAAUAAGGAGACUGAUGCUGCCAGGCUUCAAUCCUUUAGCCAAAAAACACAUUUAAACAAACACACGAGAGUCCAGACAAAGCAGAAACAUUUUGCCUGUGAGCACUGUGGACAAAGGUUUCACCAAAAGACUAAUUUAACCACACACAUGAGCGUCCACACAGGAGAGAAGCCUUUUGCUUGUGAGCUCUGUGGAACGAGAUUUAGCCGAAAGACAACUUUAAACCGUCACAUGAGCGUCCACACAGGAGAGAAGCCCUUUCCUUGUGAGCUCUGUGGAGCGAGAUUUAGCUUAAAGUCAACUUUAAACAGUCACAUGAGUGUCCACACAGGAGAGAAGCCUUUUGCUUGUGAGCUAUGUGGAACGAGAUUUAGCCGAAAGACACAUUUAAACAGUCACAUGAGAGUCCACACAGGAGAGAAGCCUUUUGCCUGUGAGCUCUGUGGUAAUAGAUUUAGUGAAAAGGGAAGUUUAAACAAACACAUGAGAGUCCACACUGGAGAGAAGCCUUUUGCUUGUGAGCUCUGUGUAAAAAGAUUUAGCCGAAAGACAACUUUAAACCGUCACUUGAGCAUCCACACAGGAGAGAAGCCCUUUCCUUGUGAGCUCUGUGGAAAGAAAUUUAGCUUAAAGUCAACUUUAAACAGUCACAUGAGCGUCCACACAGGAGAGAAGCCCUUUCCUUGUGAGCUCUGUAGAAAGAAAUUUAGCUUAAAGUCAACUUUAAACAGUCACAUGAGUGUCCACACAGGAGAGAAGCCUUUUGCUUGUGAGCUCUGUGGAACGAGAUUUAGCCAAAAGACAAAUUUAAACAGUCACAUGAGAGUCCACACAGGAGAGAAGCCCUUUCCUUGUGAGCUCUGUGGAACGAGAUUUAGCCAAAAGACAAAUUUAAACAGUCACAUGAGCGUCCACACAGGAGAGAAGCCUUUUGCCUGUGAGCUCUGUGGACAAAGAUUUAGCCAUCAGGCAACUUUAAACAGACAUAUGAGAGUCCACACAGGUGAGAAGCCUUUUGCCUGUGAGCUAUGUGGACAAAGAUUUAGCCAAAAAGGGUCUUUAGAUGAACACAUGAGAGUCCACACAGGAGGUAAGCCCUUUCCUUGUGAGCUCUGUGGAACGAGAUUUAGCCGAAAGACACAUUUAAACAGUCACAUGAGCGUCCACACAGGAGAGAAGCCUUUUGCCUGUGAGCUCUGUGGACAAAGAUUUAGCCAUCAGGCAACUUUAAACAGACAUAUGAGAGUCCACACAGGUGAGAAGCCUUUUGCCUGUGAGCUAUGUGGACAAAGAUUUAGCCAAAAAUGGUCUUUAGAUGAACACAUGAGAGUCCACACAGGAGGUAAGCCCUUUCCUUGUGAGCUCUGUGGAACGAGAUUUAGCCGAAAGACACAUUUAAACAUUCACAUGAGAGUCCACACAGGAGAGAAGCCUUUUGCCUGUGAGCUCUGUGGUAAUAGAUUUAGUGAAAAGGGAAGUUUAAACAAACACAUGAGAGUCCACACUGGAGAGAAGCCUUUUGCUUGUGAGCUCUGUGUAAAAAGAUUUAGACGAAAGACACAUUUAAACAGUCACAUGAGAGUCCACACAGGAGAUAAGCCUUUUGCCUGUGAGCUCUGUGGUAAUAGAUUUAGUGAAAAGGGAAGUUUAAACAAGCACAUGAGAGUCCACACAGGAGAGAAGCUUUUUGCCUGUGAGCUCUGUGGUAAUAGAUUUAGUGAAAAGGGAAGUUUAAACAAACACAUGAGAGUCCACACUGGAGAGAAGCCUUUUGCUUGUGAGCUCUGUGUAAAAAGAUUUAGCCGAAAGACACAUUUAAACAGUCACAUGAGAGUCCACACAGGAGAGAAGCCUUUUGCCUGUGAGCUCUGUGGUAAUAGAUUUAGUGAAAAGGGAAGUUUAAACAAACACAUGAGAGUCCACACUGGCUUUUCGCCUGUGAGUUCGGUGGAAAAGAUUUACCCAAAAGAUCAGUUUAAACGGUCACAAAAGAGUCCAUAAAGGACAGAAGCCUUUUGCUUGUGAGCUCUGUGGACGAAGGUUUCGCUGAAAGAAAACUUUAAACAAUCAUCUAAGCAUCCACUAGGGCUGAACGAUCUAUUGAAGGGGUCUCCAACAUUUUUUGGCCCGUGAGCUACUUUUACACAAUGAAAGUACAGCAGAGUUACUGCCAUAUGAUUUAUUUACAUCGAUACUUUCCAUGUGUGAAUGUGCUUAUGUUAAACAUGCUAUACUUACUAUAUUAACAUGCAUUGUACUCACAAGUUGAUUUCUCUGUAUUUCAGUACAUCAGUAUAUAUAUAUUAAAAGUAUAAGUAAACUAGUGACCUUCUGAAAAACAAAUUAAACAAAACAUAUUUAGUUUUUUAAACUAGUCUGAUACUUUCAGAUAAUGAAUAACAAAUCUACAUCAUGUGAAUGAUUUGAUAAUUUUUUUAGAAGCUUAGUAACAUAACAUUUUAAGCACACAGGAACAGCUAACCUGUAAAGCUGAUGAUAUUUGAUAUAAAAUACAAGCUAAAUAUGAUGAAAACACAAAAGUCUAAAUAGUUUGAAUUGAAGUAAAAAAUGUAAAAUCAGAAAUAAGACUUGUUCCUGCUCUCCUGAUAUACUGAAUAAUUUUUAUGGGUUUUUUAGUCAUGAAAGUUAAGUUUUCCUGCGUUUAUUGCUGACAAUAUGAAGGUUGGAGGUUUAUCCUUUUUUUCUGCAUCUUGCAGUUUUUUUUCUCCGCAGGUCUGAAGGCUGUGUGUUACACAGAGCAGAGAGACAGAGAGCAAGAGACCAGAACCAAAAGAAAUGAUCAUAUCACACCAAUCUUAAAAUAUUUACAUUGGCUUUCAGUAACUUACAGGAUUGAUUUCAAAGACCUUUUACUUACUUUUAAAUCAUUAAAUGGCCAACGACCUCUGUAUAUAGCAGAGAUGUUUGAAACGUAUCACCCUUUAAAAUCACUUAGAUCAGCAGAUAAAUCCCAACUGGUACAACCCAGAGCCCGCACCAAGCACGGAGAGGCUGCCUUUAGCUGCUAUGCGGUCCAUCUCUGGAACUGUCUUCCAAUAGACAUUAAGACCUUUCCCACCAUUUCCAUUUUUAAAUCCAGAUUAAAAACUAAACUUUUUCAUGAUGCCUUCCAUUAACCUGUCCUUUCAUCUGUGCUCUACUAGGUCUUUAUCUGUACUGUGUUGAAUUUAUUUUAUAUGUAUUUUAUAUGUAUACCUAUUCUGUGCUGUUUUAUCGUGUAUUAUUGUGUAAUUAAAGUGAAUACUUGUAAUAAAGUGUAGUUACUGUGUAAAGCAGUAUUUACUAGGAACGAUUAAUAAAAAUAAACACUAGAAUUGAACCUGAGUUACAUGGUAAUAGCAGUUUAAAAACUCAGAAACAAUACACUAACUUACUUAGUACUUCCAUGGUAAUUACUUAGUAAUUAGAGGACUGUAAAAGAAAGCGCUACCAAUAAUUGUACUUAAUAUGCUUUUAUUUUUGUGUGCUAUGUUCUGUGUCAAUAUUCUUUGAUUUUAUUUUACACAACAUGAUGUGACAUUUUAACUAUUUCAUUUCACUUGUGAUUGUUUUAACUAUGUGAAGCACAUUGGGCUACCGUUUUGUGUAUGAAAUGGGCUAUAUAAUAAACUUGACUUGAGAGAGA